AUGCUUCGCCUAAUGUCAUGUGGACGAAGGGGAAAUAUUAAAGAGAAGGGGAAAACAUUGAGGAGAACGGAAUUAUUCGCAGCGGAACUUUAUAGAGAUUUUACUGUAAUUUCAAAUAACUCUACCAGAGCGACUCACAGCGGAAAAAGUCCAAACUCUAAACCACAACAAACGGACUCCCAAAACAACAACAAAAGCGCCAAUGCUUUCAAAGUAAAACCAAAACCCCCGCCUAUUCAUAUGAAAAUAAAUACUUUUAUUUGGUCCAUCUUUCCCCCGGAAGCAGGUCUUCAGCACUAA